CGAAAUAAGAAUCCGGAAGCGAAGCUAAAGCUAAGCAACGGCCGCCGCGAAGCUAACCUCCAAAAAUGGCGAAAGGAGACGAUAAUGUGCAGAGGAAGAAGAAUAAAUUGACGAGGAAGAAGAUGAGUAGGAAGAACGAUACCGCCACCGUCUCUGCUCGUAUCUCCGCCAUUAUCGCCGCCAAGAAACGCCGCAAGUCUGGUAAACGCAGCAUGUGUCAGGGAAUGUGUUUUACGCUUCCUACACUUGAAGAUCCAUUCAAUGAAAGACAAGGUAAAGGUGAUAUAACUAAAAAGAAAAAGAAAAAGAAAAAGGUUAAGAGUAGAGAAGAGAAGAAACCAUCUACUAUGUCCAUUGAUGGUGUUGAGAAGAAGAUGGAUGGUCCACCAAAGUUUCUCAUGUUAAACUUGAAUGAGAUUGAGAGCUCGUUUCGUAAAGAUAGUACAUAUAGUGAACAGCAUGAUAAGUCUUUGUUCACUAGCACUUGGGGGAUUGAGUUCUGGAAAUGUUUUUCAUCUGGGAAAGAUAUUUUGGAGACGAGUGGAAUGUCUUCUACUGUGGAACAGAUUGCUUGGAUUGUUUCAAGUGCAGCUGAUGCUAUUGCUAGACGGGAGAAAGACGAGGAGGAAGAGGAGGAGGAGGAGGAGGAGGUUGGAAACAGUCCUUUUCUUUUGUACCUUGUGCCAUCUCAGUCCAAAGCUUCUCAGGUCCGAUCCGUUUGCAAGGCACUGAAAGGUAUUGGAAUUCACACAGUGAGCUUACACCAAGGCGCAUCACUAGAUCAUCAGAUUUCAGGAUUGAAAAGUGUUGAGCCUGAAUUUAUAGUUGCUACACCUGAGAGACUUUUGGAGAUUGUUAACUUGAAGGGCGUUGAUAUAUCCAGCGUUUCAUUGCUGGUAAUUGAUGAACUAGGUUCACUUUGCACUGGUGGUUAUCUAGAUGCUGUUAAAUCCAUUAAGCAGGCCAUUUCCAGCAAACACCAAUCGAUAGUUUUCAACGACAGUUUUAGUGAUUCCACUAUUCCAGCCGUCCAGAGUCUUUUGGGGAGAUCAAUUAACAGAGUAACCGUCAGUGAUUCUGUUGCCAGCCAAGGCUCUUGUAUUAUCCAGACUGUAAAUGUCUGCGCUUCGGAGGAACAAAAGCUGCAGAAGUUUGCAGAGCAUCUGGAUUCAUCUUCGUCGAAGAUAAUACACAUUGUUACAAAGGAAGAAAGUUUCAAAAAGAUAAAGGCUCUACUUAAGCUCAAGGGUCUAUCUGUCUCAAUCAAUAGUGACUCUAAAAUCUCAGAGGUCAAAAAGAGCCGGAAACCUGUGGCACACUUGAUUGAUAUAGAACAGUUGGAUACCACAGUUAUGAGGGACUUCGAAACCGUUCUACUUCCAGACUUUUUCCCAUCAAUUGAAAUUUACACUCAGAUUCUAACGAGUAUGGCUAGAGAGAGUGUUCACGGCGUACUUCACAGCUUUAUAACAGAAAAGGAGGCUGCUUCCUAUCGAGCUGGACCAUUAGUGACUAUCCUGGAGGAUUGUGGUCAGAACAUACCUGACCCUUGGAGGAAUAUGCAUGUCGCUAUGUCUGAUUAAUCAAAUGUUGUCUCCAAUUCUCUCUCUUUUAGUGACAAUGGUUUACAAAAGUUUUGAAUGCAGAAAAUUUUGGUUAAACUGAUCAAUUUGACUGUGUACCGAAUCAGACCAUCAAAGUUUUGUGCUAAUGGUAUCUUUCUUUUUUCGUUAA